AUGAUUCUCCAUGUGGCAGGGACAGACAACAUUGUGGCGAAUGCACUCUCGCGUGUCGAAGCGAUCGACAUGCCCACAGCAAUAUCCACGGCUGAUAUCGCUGCAACUCAACAAGGCUAUAAAGAACUUCAAACCCUACGGGAACAACCUAGUUCACUUGUCCUCAUGGGAUAUGCAGUCGACGACUCACCACACCUUCUCACGUGUGACACAUCUGUAGGAGUCAUUCGACCAUACAUUCCCGAAGCGCUACGUCAUCGAAUCUUCCAUUUAACACACAACCUGGCUCACCCGAGUGGCAGAGCUACCAGUAGGAUGAUCGCAAAAAAAUUCAUAUGGCCGAGACUUGAUAAGGACGUCACAAGAUGGGCAAGAGCAUGCGUGCCGUGUCAAAUCGGUUUACCAGGUGGCCAGAGGUCAUACCGAUCAAGGACAUCACAGCGGAAACUAUUGCUGACACUUUCGUCGCGCACUGGAUUUCGCGAUAUGGAUCACCACGCUGGAUCACCACGCUGCAUAACCACCGACCAAGGGUCGCAAUUUGAAGCAAGAUUAUUCAACGCUCUCAGGAACGCCAUAAGUUGUCGUCGGAUCCGGACUUCUUCCUAUCAUCCCAAGAGCAAUGGUAUAAUUGAGAGAAGGCAUCGUACCCUAAAAGCAGCUAUUAUGUGCCAGCAGACGCACGACUGGCCCAAUGCUCUACCGCUCAUGUUACUAGGACUUCGUACAGCAUACAGAGAAGAAUUAAAAGGUUCGGUUGCGGAACUGUUGUAUGGCACAACUUUAACAGUACCAGGCGAUUUUUUCUUAGAGCCGGAAAUGGAAGUGGAGCCACAAGUUUUCAUACAGAAGCACCGCGAAAUCAUGGAUCUACACUCAUGCACGCACGUUUUCUUGAGGGACGACAGACCGAGGCCACCUUUGACGAAGCCAUACGAGGGACCGUUUGAAGUAAUUCGUAGAAUCAGCGACAUUCUUUUUGUCAUCAAAUUAGCCAACGGCGCGGAAUUAACAGUUGCCACCGAGAAACUAAAACCAGCGUACCAGUUGAACGAGACUAUUGAGGCACGACAACAGAAGCAAACGCUGAACCAAUCGUCCAGGUUGCGAACAGAUUCAGGAGCAAGUGAAAAGCGUAAGGUGACCUUCAGCACAGAGACCGAGGUUCAAUAUUUUGUAACCAGCAUAGCACAAUCUUAA